AUGUCUCAAAAACUCGAAAUCGUGCUGAAAACAACCCUCACCCUGAUCGAGCAAUUCCAGUCCACUCUAUCCUCAACCCAAGCCAACUCUACCCUCGCGGCGAGCGAAAAGGACCUAGAUCCCCUUCCCCUCCUCUCGACAUCCUCCACGGCGCUGAAAUCUCAUGUCACAAAACUCUCAUUACUAGCUAUAAAUUCGCCCUUCACACCGUCUGCCGUGGCGACAACGCUUUCGACGCUAAAUGAAUCCGUUCUUCCGUCCCUAGUCACGGCCGCGCUCCUCAUAACGCCAGAGUCACAUACGCGGGCUUUUCAGACCGAGAUCCGCGUUCUGACGGGGACAUCGUUGAAGGAGCUGUCUCUGUUAGUCAAGGAAGUGCAGACUAUUGCAGAAGAAAAGGCCGAGAAGAAGAGUUUGGAGCAGGCGGAGAAGAAUGCGGUCACGGCUGUGGCGGGGCGCGUCUGGGAUGCUUGUGAUGUGCUGGUUGAUGUUGCUGCGAAGGGCGUUGUUGGGUUCUUGGUUAAGCGGGCAGAGCAGUAUAGGGACUUGGUGAGGGACGCGGUGGAGGAGAUUGAGGAGUGGGACCCUGAUGAGGAGGGCGAUGAGUUCUUCGAUGACCUUCUCGAUGGUGAUAAGGAUGAAUCUGCAGCUGAUGAAGAGGAUGACGAGGAUCAGGACGAAGAUGAAGAAGGUAGUGCUGCGCUUCGUGCGCGGAAGAGGGAUGCGCUGAGGAUUUUGAAGCCAGUUGCGCAGAUUUAUCCCGCCAUUAUUACGAAUCGGCUGAAGAAGGCGUCGGUUUCGCUGGCGCCUUCUGACAUUGGGACACUGGAAGAAGUCAUGUUGAAUCUACAGCGGAUUCCGGAUCAUAUCGACGAGGUGGCUGGGGCGCUGUAUGAGGAUGAUCCUGACAAAUUUACGCGUCGAGUGGGUAAAAUCAAGGAGAGUGCCUUCAAGGCAAUUGAGUUAGUUGUUUUGCCUUGGGGUUUGAAGCAGGAAAACGCUGGGGACAAAUUUACCACUUGGUCAAAGACAUGGACCAAGGUUGUCGAGGAAGUCAGCAAGUCUAUAGUCGACGCUUAA